UUGGCAACAACCAAAUUGCUUUGAAGGUAUGACAUCGGGUAAUCCAGAGAAUACGGUUGACAUAACGAAGCUCAGCCCAGAGGAGCAAAAGCUCUUCCGUCUUUACGGAAGACUUCCACAGCGUAAAGACCUUUUAGUUCAAAAAUUACAGCAAGGAAGAAAAUAUUUUGAUUCAGGCGACUACGCAUUAAAUAAAGCUGGUAAAGCGUCCGAUGCUGGCAUAACCUGUAUAGGUAAAGAAAUACCUUCACCAGAAACAAUCCCUCAUAGGAUUGCCGUCACGGGCUCUCCAUCAAAGGAACCAUCAAUCCAUGUCAAGCGACCAACGGAUUCGGCACCAAGCGAAGUCAGUAGUCGAAGAGAGUCCAUUGUCCAACACUUCGACAAUGACGACAACGACAGUUUGAAUCACGAGAAUAAGAAUACAGAAUAGGAAUGCUAAUUAAACAUCAUGUAUAGCCAUGUGAAUUUGCUACUUCGUAAUGAAUCUUCGCGCUUAUUAAUUAUAGAGGUUCAAGGACUCGCCUGUCGUUCCCCUUUGUUAUUUUACGUUAUUUUUUCUCGCUGAUGGUGUAACUAAGCAAUAAUCUUAAUAUUUAGUUCCUCCGUGUUUUGUACUAAUAGGUACAACUGUCAUGCUUCUUGUUAGGUGGUAUGUUCGAGUUCUUCACCUUUACUACUUUUUUCGUUAAUUUUUUGAGAUCAAGUACUUUUUAACUUGCUCAUUGUAAAUUUCUUUUCUUAAAAUUAUAUACGAUUAGUUUAAAUUCGUUAUGUGAAUAUUUUGAACAUUUGGAAUGGCUUGUGAGUUUAAUGACAGGAUAUUGUAGAUAUAGUUUGUAGCUGUAUGACUAUAUCUUGCCAUGAGACUUUUCUCUUUAUGUUGUACAAAACACUCUUGUUUUGUGUAUUUUGAAAUGUUUAUAUGCUAAUGGAAAAUAAUACUUCAUUGCUAAUAAUUAGAUACUUAAGGUACCAUUUCAUUCGUAAAGAAAUAAGC